AUUUGUAUUUUCUUAGAACACGUUUGCUUCUCGAGUAAAACACUAAGAAAAGAGAAAAAGAAAAUGCAGGCUGAAAAGAAGCCAGCCACAUUUGCAAUUUUCAUUUCCAUAAUUCCAGCAAUUUCGUUUAGAGACACAACCGGAUCGAUCUUGAUUAUCGAUUUUGGCAUUUGAUGUUAAUGCAUGCGUGGUUUUGGAACUAAUCGUGUUAUAAUCUGUCUGUCUGGUUGGCAGGUUUUGGGUAGCUGUACGGAGUAUAACAAAUGGCGUACAAGGUGGACCAUGAAUAUGAUUAUCUCUUCAAGAUCGUACUGAUCGGGGACUCGGGCGUUGGGAAAUCGAACAUUCUAUCCAGGUUUACGCGGAACGAGUUCUGCCUUGAGUCCAAGUCCACCAUUGGUGUUGAAUUUGCGACCAGGACAUUACAGCAGGUAGAGGGGAAAACAGUCAAGGCACAAAUAUGGGACACGGCCGGUCAAGAGAGGUACCGAGCCAUCACCAGUGCUUACUACAGAGGUGCUGUAGGCGCGCUUUUGGUCUACGACAUUACCAAGAGACAAACCUUCGACAAUGUCCAUCGGUGGCUUCGUGAGCUCAGGGACCAUGCUGACUCCAACAUUGUCAUCAUGAUGACUGGGAAUAAGGCUGAUCUCAAUCAUCUCAGAGCUGUCUCAGCAGAAGAUGCUCAGAUCUUGGCUGAGAAGGAAUGCCUCUCUUUCCUUGAGACUUCAGCUUUGGAGGCCUUCAAUGUCGAGAAGGCAUUCCAGACCAUUUUGUUGGAUAUUUACCAUAUAAUAAGCAAGAAAGCUCUGGCAGCGCAGGAGGCAGCUUCCUCCUCUGGAAUUCCUCAUGGCACUAUCAUUAAUGUCUCGAAUCCAUCGGGUAAUAGAAUCAAAGGAGUUUGUUGCACUAGUAAUUAACUUGGUAUUUCUCCAUAGAUAGGGGAAAAAUGAGAAGCAGGUAUGCAUGCAUUAAUUGACAAUUUUGUUCUUUCUUUCGUGACUGACAUGGGGGAUACUUAAUUUCUACCUUCUGUCGUGUAUAUUUUCUCUAAUAGGUCAUUUGAAAACCAGGUUUAUCGUUUAUAAGAACCAUGGACGUUGAAAUUGAAAA